UGAUAAAAUGUGCAAUCUUGCAUAGUUUUAUUGUGAAUUUUCGCCAAAAGUGUGACACAGAGGUGAAAGAACAACAAGCAUAAGAGUGAGAACACAGAGUCAUAAUGGCUCUUCCGCCGUAUAUGAUACCGCCAAAUUCAUGGGCGGCGCAGUUGAUGGCUCAACAGCAGGCUUUUGCUGCCGUUCAUGCUCAGCAGCAGGCUUUCAAUGCCCAGCAAAUGCCGCCUGGCAGUCAGAUGCCACAACAGGCGCCGCCAGGAAUCGCUCCGGGCGCCGCUCUGCCGCCCAAGAUCUCAGUUCCGCCGCCACAGAAGGUUGACGUGAUGACGGAGGAGAAGCUGCUGGAGAAGUCACAGAAGUGGCAGCAAUUGCAGUCGAAGCGAUUCGCGGAGAAGCGCAAGUUUGGCUUCGUGGAUGCGCAGAAGGAGGACAUGCCGCCGGAGCACAUCCGGAAGAUAAUCAGGGAUCACGGCGACAUGACGAGUCGCAAGUACAGACACGACAAGAGAGUGUAUCUCGGGGCGCUGAAGUACAUGCCGCACGCCGUGAUGAAGCUGCUGGAGAACAUGCCGAUGCCGUGGGAGCAGAUCAGGGAUGUGCCGGUGCUGUAUCACAUCACGGGCGCCAUAACGUUCGUCAAUGAGAUUCCGUGGGUGAUUGAGCCAGUGUACAUCGCUCAGUGGGGCACGAUGUGGAUCAUGAUGAGGCGCGAGAAGCGCGAUCGUCGCCACUUCAAGCGGAUGCGCUUCCCGCCGUUUGACGACGAGGAGCCGCCGCUCGACUAUGCGGACAAUGUGCUGGACGUGGAGCCGCUGGAGGCCAUACAGAUUGAACUGGACGCCGAUGAGGAUGGGAGCAUUCACGAUUGGUUCUAUGACCACAAAGCUCUGCUCGGAACACAGCACGUCAAUGGCUCGACUUAUCGUAAGUGGAACCUCACGCUGCCCCAAAUGGCCACACUCUAUCGCCUGGCCAAUCAAUUGCUCACAGAUUUGGUGGAUGAGAACUUCUUCUAUCUCUUCGAUCCGAAGAGCUUCUUCACCGCCAAGGCGCUGAACAUGGCCAUUCCGGGAGGCCCCAAAUUUGAGCCACUGAUCAAGGAUCACAAUGUUGGCGAUGACGAUUGGAAUGAAUUCAAUGACAUCAAUAAGAUUAUCAUCAGACAACCGAUUAGGACGGAAUAUCGCAUCGCAUUUCCCUAUUUGUACAACAAUAUGCCGCAUUUUGUGCAUCUUUCAUGGUAUCAUGCACCAAAUGUGGUGUUCAUCAAGACAGAAGAUCCUGAUCUUCCUGCCUUCUACUUCGAUCCGCUGAUCAAUCCAAUUUCCCAUCGUCACUCUGUGAAGUUUAUCGAGCCUCUGCCGGAGGAUGAUGAGGAGUAUUUGCUGCCGGAAGAUGUUCAGCCAUUCCUGCAGGACACUCCGCUGUACACUGACAACACAGCCAAUGGGAUAUCCUUGCUGUGGGCUCCCAGGCCCUUCAACAUGCGCUCCGGACGCACCAGGAGGGCGAUUGAUAUUCCCCUGGUGAAGGGAUGGUACAAAGAACACUGUCCGCCAGGGCAUUCGGUGAAGGUGCGCGUGAGUUAUCAGAAGUUGCUCAAGUAUUAUGUGUUGAAUGCACUGAAGCAUCGUCGUCCGAAGCCACAGAAGAAGCGUUAUCUCUUCAGAUCCUUCAAGGCGACCAAAUUCUUCCAAACCACGACACUUGAUUGGGUUGAGGCGGGAUUGCAAGUGUGUCGUCAAGGUUACAAUAUGCUUAAUCUGCUGAUUCACAGGAAGAAUCUGAAUUAUCUCCAUUUGGAUUACAAUUUCAAUCUGAAGCCAGUGAAGACACUCACAACGAAGGAGCGAAAGAAGAGUCGCUUCGGAAAUGCUUUCCAUUUGUGUCGUGAGAUUUUGAGACUCACAAAGUUGAUUAUUGAUUCACAUGUGCAGUACAGAUUGAAUAAUGUCGAUGCAUUCCAGUUGGCAGAUGGUUUGCAGUACAUUUUUGCCCAUGUGGGACAAUUGACGGGCAUGUACAGAUACAAGUACAAGCUGAUGAGGCAGAUUAGGAUGUGUAAGGAUCUGAAACAUUUGAUUUACUAUCGAUUCAACACGGGUCCUGUGGGAAAAGGCCCAGGAUGUGGCUUCUGGGCGCCAGGAUGGCGUGUGUGGUUGUUCUUUAUGCGCGGAAUUACGCCACUGUUGGAACGCUGGCUGGGCAAUUUGCUGAGUCGUCAAUUUGAGGGAAGACACUCGAAGGGCAUCGCAAAGACGGUGACGAAGCAGCGUGUGGAGUCACACUUUGAUCUGGAAUUGAGAGCGUCGGUGAUGCACGAUAUUGUGGACAUGAUGCCGGAGGGGAUCAAGCAGAACAAGGCCAGGACAAUUCUGCAGCAUCUGUCAGAGGCUUGGCGAUGCUGGAAGGCAAAUAUCCCGUGGAAAGUGCCAGGAUUGCCAAUUCCAAUUGAGAAUAUGAUUCUAAGAUAUGUGAAGAUGAAGGCAGAUUGGUGGACAAACACUGCGCACUACAAUCGGGAGAGGAUCAGGAGGGGAGCAACAGUGGAUAAGACAGUGUGUAAGAAGAAUUUGGGAAGAUUGACGAGGUUGUACUUGAAGGCUGAGCAGGAGAGACAGCACAAUUACUUGAAAGAUGGACCGUAUAUUUCGCCUGAGGAGGCAGUGGCGAUCUACACGACAACUGUCCAUUGGCUGGAGUCCAGGCGCUUCGCCCCAAUUCCAUUCCCACCGCUUUCAUACAAGCAUGACACGAAGUUGCUCAUCUUGGCGCUGGAGCGUCUCAAGGAGGCGUACAGUGUGAAGUCUCGACUGAAUCAGAGUCAGAGGGAAGAGUUGGGACUCAUUGAGCAGGCUUACGAUAAUCCCCACGAAGCCUUGUCCAGAAUUAAGCGUCAUUUGCUGACGCAGCGAGCAUUCAAGGAGGUGGGAAUUGAGUUUAUGGAUCUCUACAGUCAUCUGAUUCCUGUGUAUGAUGUGGAGCCACUGGAGAAGAUCACUGAUGCCUAUUUGGAUCAGUAUCUGUGGUAUGAGGCGGACAAGAGGCGUCUCUUUCCGCCGUGGGUGAAGCCAAGUGACACAGAACCGCCGCCACUUCUUGUCUACAAGUGGUGUCAAGGCAUUAACAAUCUGCAUGAAGUCUGGGAUGUGUCCGAGGGUGAAUGCAAUGUGUUGCUUGAGUCACGCUUUGAGAAGCUCUAUGAGAAGAUUGACUUGACACUGCUCAACAGACUGCUGAGAUUGAUUGUCGAUCACAAUAUUGCUGAUUACAUGACGGCGAAGAAUAAUGUGGUGAUUAACUACAAGGAUAUGAAUCACACAAACAGUUAUGGUAUAAUAAGAGGACUGCAGUUUGCCUCUUUCAUCGCCCAGUACUAUGGAUUGGUGUUGGAUCUCCUGGCGCUGGGAUUGCAGAGAGCCAGCGAAAUGGCAGGACCACCACAGAUGCCCAAUGACUUCCUCACCUUCCAGGACACGAAGAUUGAGACGUGCCAUCCGAUCAGGCUCUAUUGUCGCUAUGUCGAUCGCAUCCAUUUGUUCUUUAGAUUUACUGCUGAGGAGGCCAAAGAUCUCAUUCAGCGCUACUUGACUGAACAUCCGGAUCCCAAUAAUGAGAACAUUGUGGGUUAUAACAACAAGAAGUGUUGGCCACGCGAUGCAAGGAUGCGUCUGAUGAAGCACGAUGUGAAUUUGGGCAGAGCUGUCUAUUGGGACAUCAAGAAUCGUCUGCCCAGAUCUGUGACGACCAUCAAUUGGGAGAAUACUUUUGUGUCUGUCUAUUCGAAGGACAAUCCGAAUUUGUUGUUCAACAUGAGUGGAUUUGAGUGUCGCAUUUUGCCUAAAUGUCGCACACAACAUGAAGAGUUUACGCAUCGGGAUGGCGUGUGGAAUUUGCAGAAUGAAGUGACGAAGGAGAGAACAGCUCAAUGCUUCCUCAGAGUGGAUGAUGAGAGUCUGGGACGAUUCCACAAUCGUGUGCGACAGAUUUUGAUGGCUUCCGGCAGCACAACAUUCACCAAAAUCGUGAACAAGUGGAAUACAGCACUGAUUGGAUUGAUGACAUACUUCAGAGAAGCUGUUGUGAAUACGCAAGAAUUGCUGGAUUUGCUGGUGAAGUGUGAGAAUAAGAUUCAGACGCGAAUUAAGAUUGGAUUGAAUUCAAAGAUGCCCUCGAGAUUCCCGCCUGUGGUGUUUUACACGCCCAAAGAGUUGGGCGGAUUGGGAAUGUUGAGCAUGGGUCACGUGCUUAUUCCACAAUCUGACUUGAGAUGGUCAAAGCAAACUGAUGUUGGCAUCACGCAUUUCCGCUCGGGAAUGUCUCACGAUGAGGAUCAACUGAUUCCCAAUCUCUAUCGCUACAUUCAACCGUGGGAGAGUGAAUUUAUCGAUUCGCAGCGUGUGUGGGCGGAAUAUGCGCUGAAGAGACAAGAGGCAAAUGCUCAGAAUCGUCGAUUGACACUUGAGGAUCUGGAGGAUAGUUGGGACAGAGGAAUACCGAGAAUCAAUACGCUGUUCCAGAAGGACAGACACACACUGGCGUAUGACAAAGGCUGGCGAAUCCGGACGGAGUUCAAGCAAUUCCAAGUGCUGAAGCAGAAUCCCUUCUGGUGGACGCAUCAGAGGCACGACGGGAAGUUGUGGAAUUUGAAUAAUUAUCGCACGGACAUGAUUCAGGCGUUGGGUGGGGUUGAAGGCAUUCUGGAGCACACACUGUUCAAGGGAACGUACUUUCCCACGUGGGAGGGUUUGUUCUGGGAGAAGGCGUCGGGUUUUGAGGAGUCGAUGAAGUAUAAGAAGCUGACAAAUGCCCAGAGAUCGGGUCUCAAUCAGAUUCCCAACAGAAGAUUCACACUCUGGUGGUCGCCGACGAUCAACAGAGCCAAUGUGUACGUGGGAUUCCAGGUGCAACUGGAUCUCACGGGAAUUUUCAUGCACGGCAAGAUUCCCACGCUAAAAAUCUCACUGAUUCAGAUCUUCAGAGCUCACUUGUGGCAGAAGAUUCAUGAGUCGAUUGUGAUGGAUUUGUGUCAAGUGUUUGAUCAAGAGUUGGACGCGUUGGAGAUUGAGACGGUGCAGAAGGAGACUAUUCACCCGAGGAAGUCAUACAAGAUGAACUCCUCAUGCGCUGACAUUCUCCUCUUCCCGGCGUACAAGUGGAAUGUCUCCAGACCAUCUCUGUUGGCCGACACGAAGGACACGAUGGACAACACGACAACACAAAAGUACUGGAUUGACGUACAAUUGCGAUGGGGUGACUAUGAUUCGCAUGAUAUUGAACGAUAUGCAAGAGCGAAGUUUCUUGACUAUACAACUGAUAACAUGUCAAUCUAUCCAUCGCCAACUGGUGUCCUGAUCGCCAUUGAUUUGGCCUACAAUCUCCACUCGGCCUUUGGCAAUUGGUUCCCCGGAUGCAAGCCACUGAUUCAACAAGCCAUGUCGAAGAUCAUGAAGGCAAAUCCGGCCUUGUAUGUGUUGAGAGAGAGAAUCCGAAAGGCACUGCAAUUGUACAGUUCAGAACCAACUGAACCCUAUUUGUCUUCGCAAAACUACGGAGAAUUGUUUUCCAAUCAAAUCAUCUGGUUUGUUGAUGACACAAAUGUCUACAGAGUCACAAUUCACAAGACUUUCGAGGGUAAUUUGACCACAAAGCCCAUUAAUGGGGCGAUUUUCAUCUUCAAUCCGCGCACAGGACAACUCUUCUUGAAGAUCAUUCAUACUUCUGUGUGGGCUGGACAGAAGCGUCUUGGACAGUUAGCGAAGUGGAAGACGGCUGAAGAAGUGGCAGCUCUUAUUCGAUCGUUGCCAGUUGAGGAGCAACCGAAGCAGAUUAUCGUGACGAGGAAAGGCAUGUUGGAUCCACUGGAAGUGCAUUUGCUAGAUUUUCCCAACAUUGUCAUCAAGGGUUCUGAGCUUCAGUUACCCUUCCAGGCGUGUCUGAAAGUGGAGAAGUUUGGCGAUUUGAUUCUCAAGGCGACAGAACCUCAAAUGGUUUUAUUCAAUCUCUAUGAUGAUUGGCUGAAGACUAUCUCAUCAUACACUGCUUUCUCACGAUUGAUUCUCAUUCUGCGUGCACUUCAUGUCAACACGGAACGUACAAAAGUGAUUUUGAAGCCUGAUAAGACAACAAUCACAGAAGCACAUCACAUUUGGCCAACAUUGACGGAUGAAGAGUGGAUAAAAGUGGAGAUUCAGCUGAAGGAUCUCAUUUUGGCGGAUUAUGGCAAGAAGAAUAAUGUGAAUGUGGCAUCAUUGACACAAUCGGAGAUUAGAGAUAUCAUUCUGGGCAUGGAGAUUUCUGCUCCAUCUGCACAGAGACAACAAAUAGCGGAGAUUGAGAAGCAGACGAAGGAACAGAGUCAAUUGACGGCAACAACAACGAGAACGACAAAUAAACACGGUGAUGAAAUUAUCACAUCGACAACGUCAAACUAUGAAACGCAAACGUUCAGUUCGAAGACUGAGUGGCGCGUGAGGGCGAUUUCGGCGACAAAUCUUCAUCUCAGGACGAAUCAUAUCUACGUGAGUUCGGAUGACAUCAAGGAGACGGGCUACACGUAUAUUCUGCCGAAGAAUGUGCUGAAGAAGUUUGUCACGAUAUCUGACUUGAGGGCACAAAUUGCUGGAUAUCUCUAUGGCGUCUCACCACCGGAUAAUCCGCAAGUGAAGGAGAUCAGAUGCAUUGUGAUGCCACCACAAUGGGGAACACAUCAGACGAUCAAUCUGCCCAAUCAGUUGCCAUCGCAUCAGUAUUUGCGCGACAUGGAGCCGUUGGGAUGGAUUCACACGCAGCCCAAUGAGUUACCACAGUUGUCGCCGCAGGACAUCACUACGCAUGCCAAGGUGAUGUCAGAGAAUCCAACGUGGGAUGGUGAGAAGACAAUUAUCAUCACGUGCUCAUUCACGCCUGGUUCGUGUUCACUCACGGCGUACAAACUCACGCCGUCGGGCUUUGAGUGGGGCGCAAAGAACACAGACAAGGGCAACAAUCCGAAGGGAUAUCUGCCCAGUCACUAUGAACGCGUCCAGAUGCUGCUAUCCAACAAGUUCCUGGGAUUCUUCAUGGUGCCGGCGCAGGGCAGCUGGAAUUACAACUUUAUGGGUGUUCGACACGAUGCCAACAUGAAGUAUGAACUCCAGUUGGCGAAUCCGAAGGAGUUCUACCACGAAAUCCACCGACCGUCGCACUUCCUGCUCUUCAGCAAUCUGGAGGACGGGACAGAUGGCAUCGGUGCCGAUCGAGAGGACAUGUUCUGCUAAAGCGAGAGUGAUUAAGGUAGGCGAUUUAGAUGUUAAUAUAGAAGCUAAGAAUGAAGUCAGUGAAUAUUUGAGUUAAGUCUGAAGAAUGCCACUUUUUUACAUAUAUUAUUACUUAUUUAGAUUGUUAGUUCACUUCCUGAAAUUUAUUUAAUACUCUAUAUGGAAAAAUGAUGACAGUCAUUUGAUAUUUGAGGAAUAUUAAUGCUCACGAUCUGGGCGAUUACUGGAGGUUUCCUCCGUUAUUAUUAUUAUUCAAAUGCCUUUGCAACUUAUCUAAUCUAAUAGUCACAUUUCUACGUGCGACAAAGCGUCUUGUCGCUUAUUAAUGAUCUAAUGGAGGUUUCCUCCCUUUAAUUUAAAUCUUGAUGAUUUAUUUUUUAUCAAAAUGCCGUUGCAGUUAACCAAAA